AGUGGGGCGCUCGUCCGAAGCCAGGCCGCAUCCGCCAUAGUGCCUGGCUUGGAGGUGUCGCCGCCGCUCGGUGAGGGCCCCUGAGCGGCAGGGGGGCAACACAAAAAGGGAGCCGGCGAAGCCCUGGCCGCUGCCCAGCGGCUUGCGGGCGUGUUCUCGCGGUUCCGGGCCUCAAGGCGACGGGAGCGAAAGGCGAGCGAAGCGCGGAGGAUCCGGCGAGAGGAAGCGUCAGGGAGCCUCGGCGGUGUCCCCGGGGUCCGCCGAAGCCACCCGGCCGCCGGCUGGGGCCCGGUGUGGUGAGGAAGUGCUCCGAGGCCUCGCUGAGGCCUAGCGCCGGCUUUGUGUCCCAGGCGGCGGCGGCUGCAGCGGCGGCGGCGGUGGCGGUGGGAGGCGGAGCUGGGGGCGGCCUGCGGGAAGGCCUCUCCUCCGCCGACCGCGCGUUUUCGGCCUAGGCCGCCGGGCCGCUCGUGGCCUCCGGGGAGCAGGCGCCAGGGGUUUGUGUGCGGUGGGGGCCUGGGCCUGGGGAAGCUGACGCCGGUCGUCCGGAAGCCAGGAGGAGGCGUGAGGCCGCUCGUGGACUCCGGGCCUAGGCCCUCUCCCCUCAACCUUCUCCCGGGGCCUGGGUCACCCCAAUCCACGGAGAGAGAGACCUGCCGGGAGGUGCGGCCGCGCUAUGGACCCCUGACCCUGUGGGGUCGCUCGGACUCUUAACGUGUGGACUGACCGCUACUGACUGCACCGCCUGCCCCCGUCUCUGCCGGCCCUGUAGCAUGAGCGAGGGGGACCCAGCCGGGUGACAUUGUGCCCGUUGGCGGAUUCUCGAUUUCCCCUUUCCCCCGUCCUCGUCCUCCUCCUCCCCCAUGAAGCGAUUCUGAGUAUCGGGGGGGCUCUGGAUUGUUGUUCUCACGAACCCCUGCUUGUGGUUGGGGGGUAUUUAAUCUGAGGCCUUAGGGUCCUUCGGUGUCUUUGAGUGUUUUGUGUGUACAUAUUUUGCUCUUAAAGUUUAUAAAUAUACAUAUAUUGAGAGUGUCCACGUCUCCUCGCUGAACCUUAGGAAUCCUUGGCACCAUGUCCUGUGUGCAUUAUAAAUUUUCCUCUAAACUCAACUAUGAUACUGUCACCUUUGAUGGGCUCCACAUCUCCCUCUGCGACUUAAAGAAGCAGAUUAUGGGGAGAGAGAAGCUGAAAGCUGCCGACUGCGACCUGCAGAUCACCAAUGCGCAGACGAAAGAAGAAUAUACUGAUGAUAAUGCUCUAAUUCCUAAGAAUUCGUCUGUAAUUGUUAGAAGAAUUCCUAUUGGAGGUGUUAAAUCUACAAGCAAGACAUAUGUUAUAAGUCGAACUGAACCAGCGAUGGCAACUACAAAAGCAAUUGAUGACUCUUCCGCGUCUAUUUCUCUGGCCCAGCUUACAAAGACUGCCAAUCUGGCUGAAGCCAAUGCUUCUGAAGAAGAUAAAAUUAAAGCAAUGAUGUCGCAAUCUGGCCAUGAAUACGACCCAAUCAAUUACAUGAAGAAACCUCUAGGUCCACCACCUCCAUCUUAUACAUGUUUCCGUUGUGGUAAACCUGGACAUUAUAUUAAGAAUUGCCCAACAAAUGGGGAUAAAAACUUUGAAUCUGGCCCUAGGAUUAAAAAGAGCACUGGAAUUCCCAGAAGUUUCAUGAUGGAAGUGAAAGAUCCUAACAUGAAAGGUGCAAUGCUUACCAACACUGGAAAAUACGCAAUACCAACUAUAGAUGCAGAAGCAUAUGCAAUUGGGAAGAAAGAGAAACCUCCCUUCUUACCAGAGGAGCCAUCUUCUUCCUCAGAGGAAGAUGAUCCUAUCCCGGAUGAAUUGUUGUGUCUCAUCUGCAAAGAUAUUAUGACUGAUGCUGUUGUGAUCCCCUGCUGUGGAAACAGUUAUUGUGAUGAAUGUAUAAGAACAGCACUCCUGGAAUCAGAUGAGCAUACAUGUCCAACGUGUCAUCAGAAUGAUGUUUCUCCUGAUGCUUUAAUUGCCAAUAAAUUUUUACGACAGGCUGUUAAUAACUUCAAAAAUGAAACUGGUUAUACAAAAAGACUACGAAAACAGUUACCUCCUCCACCACCCCCAAUACCACCUCCAAGACCACUGAUUCAGAGAAACCUCCAACCUCUGAUGAGAUCUCCAAUAUCAAGACAGCAAGAUCCUCUCAUGAUUCCAGUGACAUCUUCAUCAACUCACCCAACUCCCUCUAUAUCUUCAUUAACUUCUAAUCAGUCUUCCUUGGCCCCUCCUGUAUCUGGAAAUCCAUCUUCUGUUCCAGCUCCUGUACCUGAUAUAACUGCAACAGUAUCAAUAUCAGUCCAUUCAGAAAAAUCAGAUGGACCCUUUCGGGAUUCUGAUAAUAAAAUAUUGCCAGCUGCAGCUCUUGCAUCAGAGCACUCUAAGGGAACCUCCUCCAUUGCAAUUACCGCUCUUAUGGAAGAGAAGGGUUACCAGGUGCCUGUUCUUGGAACCCCAUCUUUGCUUGGACAGUCAUUAUUGCACGGACAGUUGAUCCCCACAACUGGUCCAGUAAGAAUAAAUACUGCUCGUCCAGGUGGUGGUCGACCAGGUUGGGAACAUUCCAACAAACUUGGCUAUCUGGUUUCUCCACCACAACAAAUUAGAAGAGGGGAGAGGAGCUGCUACAGAAGUAUAAACCGUGGGCGACACCACAGCGAAAGAUCACAGAGGACUCAAGGCCCGUCACUACCUGCAACUCCAGUCUUUGUACCUGUUCCACCACCUCCUUUGUAUCCGCCUCCUCCCCAUACACUUCCUCUCCCUCCGGGUGUUCCUCCUCCACAGUUUUCUCCUCAGUUUCCUCCUGGACAGCCACCACCUGCUGGGUAUAGUGUCCCUCCUCCAGGGUUUCCUCCAGCUCCUACCAAUUUAUCAACACCUUGGGUAUCAUCAGGAGUGCAGACAGCUCAUUCAAAUACCAUCCCAACAACACAAGCACCACCUUUGUCCAGGGAAGAAUUCUAUAGAGAGCAGCGACGACUAAAAGAAGAGGAAAAGAAAAAGUCCAAGCUAGAUGAGUUUACAAAUGAUUUUGCUAAGGAAUUGAUGGAAUACAAAAAGAUUCAAAAGGAGCGUAGGCGCUCAUUUUCCAGGUCUAAAUCUCCCUAUAGUGGUUCUUCGUAUUCAAGAAGUUCAUAUACUUAUUCUAAAUCAAGAUCUGGUUCAACACGUUCACGCUCUUAUUCUCGAUCAUUCAGCCGCUCACAUUCUCGUUCCUAUUCACGGUCACCUCCAUACCCCAGAAGAGGCAGAGGCAAGAGUCGAAAUUACCGUUCACGGUCUAGAUCUCAUGGAUAUCAUCGAUCUAGGUCAAGGUCACCUCCUUAUAGACGCUAUCAUUCACGAUCAAGAUCUCCUCAAGCAUUUAGGGGACAGUCUCCUAAUAAACGUAACGUACCUCAAGGAGAAACAGAACGUGAAUAUUUUAAUAGAUACAGAGAAGUUCCACCACCCUAUGACAUGAAAGCUUAUUAUGGAAGGAGUGUUGACUUUAGAGACCCAUUUGAAAAAGAACGCUACCGGGAGUGGGAGAGAAAAUACAGAGAGUGGUAUGAAAAAUAUUAUAAAGGUUAUGCUGCCGGAGCACAGCCUAGACCCUCAGCAAAUAGAGAGAACUUUUCUCCAGAGAGAUUUUUACCACUUAACAUCAGGAAUUCUCCCUUCACUAGAGGCCGCAGAGAAGAUUACGUUGGUGGGCAAAGUCAUAGAAGUCGAAACAUAGGUAGCAACUAUCCAGAAAAGCUUUCAGCAAGAGAUGGUCACAAUCAGAAGGAUAAUACAAAGUCAAAAGAGAAGGAGAGUGAAAACGCUCCAGGAGAUGGUAAAGGAAAUAAGCAUAAGAAACACAGAAAAAGAAGAAAAGGGGAGGAAAGUGAGGGUUUUCUGAACCCAGAGUUAUUAGAGACUUCAAGAAAAUCAAGAGAACCUACAGUUGUUGAAGAAAAUAAGACAGACUCAUUGUUCGUUCUCCCAAGUAGAGAUGAUGCCACACCUGUUAGAGAUGAACCAAUGGAUGCAGAAUCCAUCACUUUUAAAUCAGUGUCUGAAAAAGACAAGAGAGAAAGGGAUAAACCAAAAGCAAAGGGUGAUAAGACCAAACGGAAAAAUGAUGGAUCUACUGUGUCCAAAAAAGAAAAUGUUGUAAAACCUGCUAAAGGACCCCAAGAAAAAGUAGAUGGAGAACGUGAGAAAUCUCCUCGAUCUGAACCUCCACUUAAAAAAGCCAAAGAGGAGACUCCAAAGACUGACAAUGCUAAAUCAUCAUCUUCCUCUCAGAAGGAUGAAAAAAUCACUGGAACCCCCAGAAAAGCUCACUCUAAAUCAGCAAAAGAACACCAAGAGACAAAACCAGUCAAAGAGGAAAAAGUGAAGAGGGACUAUUCCAAAGAUGUCAAAUCAGAAAAACUAACAAGUAAGGAAGAAAAGGCCAAAAAGCCUAAUGAGAAAAACAAGCCACUUGAUAAUAAGGGAGAAAAAAGGAAAAGAAAAACUGAAGAAAAAGGUGUAGAUAAAGAUGUUGAGUCUUCUUCAAUGAAAAUCUCAAAACUAGAAGUGACUGAAAUGGUGAAACCAUCACCAAAGCGCAAAAUGGAACCUGAUAUUGAAAAAAUGGAUAGAACCCCUGAAAAGGACAAAAUUUCCUCAUCAACUGCGCCAGCCAAAAAAAUCAAGCUCAACAGAGAAACUGGGAAAAAAAUUGGAAAUACAGAAAAUAUAUCUAACACAAAAGAACCCUCUGAAAAAUUGGAGUCAACAUCUAGCAAAGUUAAACAAGAAAAAGUCAAAGGAAAGGUCAGACGAAAAGUGACUGGAACCGAAGGAUCCAGCUCAACUCUGGUGGAUUAUACCAGUACGAGCUCAACUGGAGGCAGUCCUGUGCGGAAAUCUGAAGAAAAAACAGAUACAAAGCGAACUGUGAUUAAAACUAUGGAAGAAUAUAAUAAUGACAAUACAGUGCCAGCUGAAGAUGUUAUCAUUAUGAUUCAGGUUCCUCAAUCCAAAUGGGAUAAAGAUGACUUUGAAUCCGAAGAAGAAGAUGUUAAAUCCACACAGCCUAUAUCAAGUGUAGGAAAACCUGCUAGUGUUAUAAAAAAUGUUAGUACCAAGCCAUCAAAUACAGUCAAGUAUCCUGAGAAAGAAAGUGAACCAUCAGAGAAAAUUCAAAAAUUUACCAAGGACAUGAGCCACGAAAUUAUGCAACACGAGAUUAAAAGUUCAAAAAACUCUGCAUCUAGUGAAAAAGGGAAAACCAAAGAUCGAGAUUAUUCAGUUUUGGAAAAGGAAAACCCUGAAAAGAGGAAGAACAGCACUCAGCCAGAGAAAGAGAGUAAUUUGGACCGUCUGAAUGAACAAGGAAAUCUUAAAAGUCUGUCUCAAUCUUCCAAAGAGGCUAGAACAUCAGAUAAACAUGAUUCCACUCGUACUUCCUCAAAUAAAGACUUCACUCCCAAUAGAGACAAAAAAACUGACUAUGACACCAGAGAGUAUUCAAGUUCCAAACGUAGAGAUGAAAGGAACGAAUUAACGAGAAGAAAAGACUCUCCUUCUCGGAAUAAGGAUUCUGCAUCUGGACAGAAAAAUAAGCCAAGGGAAGAGAGAGAUUUGCCUAAAAAAGGAGCUGGAGAGCCCAAAAAAAGUAAUUCUAGUCCCUCAAGAGACAGAAAACCUCAUGAUCACAAAGCCACUUACGAUACUAAACGCCCAGUUGAAGAGACAAAAUCUGUAGAUAAAAAUCCUUGUAAGGAUCGUGAAAAGCAUGUAUUAGAAGCAAAGAACAAUAAAGAGUCAAGUGGCAAUAAACUACUUUAUAUGCUUAACCCACCAGAGACACAAGUUGAAAAAGAGCAAAUUGCUGGACAAAUUGACAAGAAUGCUGUCAAGCCUAAACCCCAGUUAAGUCAUUCUUCUAGACUCUCCUCUGACUUAACUAGAGAAACUGAUGAAGCUGCUUUUGAACCAGACUAUAAUGAAAGUGACAGUGAAAGUAAUGUUUCUGUAAAAGAAGAGGAAACCUCAGGAACCAUUUCUAAUGACCUGAAAGAUAAAAUAAUGGAGAAGGCGAAAGAGAGCCUGGACACAGCAGCUGUGGUCCAGGUGGGAAUAAGCAGGAACCAGAGCCACAGCAGCCCCAGUGUCAGCCCCAGCAGAAGCCACAGCCCUUCUGGAAGCCAGACCCGAAGCCACAGUAGCAGUGCCAGCUCAGCAGAAAGUCAAGACAGCAAGAAGAAGAAGAAAAAGAAGGAAAAGAAAAAACACAAGAAACAUAAAAAGCAUAAGAAGCAUAAGAAACAUGCAGGCACUGAAGUAGAAUUGGAAAAAAGCCAAAAACACAAACACAAGAAAAAGAAGUCUAAGAAGAACAAAGAUAAAGAAAAGGAGAAGGAGAAAGAUGACCAAAAAGUGAAAUCUGUCACUGUGUAAAAGGACAGAUUUUAAAAAUUGACUUAAUUACUAAGUCAUCUGUAUUAAAUUUUGUUAUAAUGUAAAGAGAUUCAAGCCUUGUAAAUAAUGACAUGGAAGACCCUGUGCUGCACUUAAAAUAUUGCUGCUUGAUUAUUUGAUUUUUACAUCAGAGCUUUAUAACACGAACUUUUGUACAGAAUUGUGAGUUGUGACCAUGUAACGAGAGGUUUUGCUAGGGCCUAUUAUUUUUAACCACCAUUAAUUAGUUGGGGUGGAGUUUACUGUAAUGUGAAAUUUUCACAUUUGAAUUUUUUUAAUUGCCUGGCAAAAGCUGAUAUCAGUUCUAAAAUAUCAGCAGAAUGAUUUGCUGAAUUCAUUACAACCCCGUUAUGUCACUUUUUGAUUACAAUAAAAGUUUUCAGUAAACUUUUCAAA